GUAGCUGCUUAUAAGGUGUAGAUUUGAAACAAAAUUGAAAAUCAAUAUUGGUUGAGAGCAGAACUUUGAAGUUUGAAUCUGUGUCGUUUGGCUUUUCUGAGGCGUUUGGCUUUUCUGAGAAUUAAUCAAGCACCUUCAACCCAUAUUCUCAUCCUCUUUCACUUUUCAAUCUCAAAAUUCAGUUUCAGUUUCAAUUUCAAUUUGGUUCAUCAAUCAAUCAACCAAUUCCCAUCCUCAUGUCCGACGGAUAUUGGAGGUACGCCGCCGAAUCGCGGCAUGCCCCUUCCUCUAUCACCGGCAAGCGCUCCCGUUCCGACUUCGAUGUCUCUGGCGUUCAUGACUUGCCCAAUUACUUUCCCCAUGAUGAUGAUAGAGGAGGGCUACGUGUAAUUAGAGAUGCUGAGUCCCUUGAUGCAUCUUAUGAGAAUUACCUCCGUAGUGCGAUUUCAUCAUAUGGUUCGGGACAGUCCACUAGAACCAUUGGAGGGCGAGUUCCCAAUCGUACUGUUGACGAUUCACAUGUUGCAAAUAUUGGAGGAGUAGACAGGGGAACAAAUGCAAAAGACAAAAUCCUGGGGUUUAGUAGUGGAAGGGCCGACCGUUCUCUUCCACCUGAUGCUACAAGUACACUGUUUGUUGAGGGUUUGCCUUCUAACUGCACAAGACGAGAAGUAGCUCAUACAGAUAUUUUUCGUCCUUUUGUUGGCUACAAAGAAGUUAGGCUUGUUAGCAAGGAGUCAAGACAACCAGGAGGUGAUCCACUGGUACUUUGUUUUGUCGAUUUUUUGAGUCCAGGCCAUGCAGCAACCGCCAUGGAAGCAUUGCAGGGUUACAAAUUUGACGAGCUUGACCGCAACUCGGUCAAUUUAAGGUUUCAAUUUGCUCGGCGCUAUCCUGGUGCGAGGUCAGGUGGCGUACAUCGUGGCAAACGUUGAAUUAUGCAAUUACAGGAGUCACUCACGAUGGGGAGGUUAUGAUUAUGAUUUUGAGAGGCAAGUGACCAACAUUGCAGUCGAGAAUUACAGUUGCUUUCAUUAGGAACAAGUCGAUCAUUGUCGUAUUCGUGUGGGGAGUGCUCGCUAGAGAUUCAGAUUGUGCGUGUUUGAGAAAAAAUGUUUAAUUUAUUUACUAUAAGUUGCUUCAAAUUGUCUUAUGCGAAAUAACUUAUGACUUAAAUGGCUUUUCAUUGCUCUUUCGAAUAUAUUUGUCUACUAAUAAGAAGGAUGUUUUCCAUGUGA